ACCCCAUUUCCGAGAUCGAGAGUUCCGAGGAUUGAUGCCGAAGCGAAGGUAGAAAGGAAUGGGAUGAUAUCGGGUAAACAGAAUAAAUGUGCCAGCUGGAGUAAUUGGAUAAAUUAAUGCAAUAGGGGAGCUUCAAAGCCCGCGUAGGCAGCAGCAUCUUUCGAGAAAAGAAAAGUCAAGUAGAAAAGGUGGCAAGCCGAUGGUACGGCCAGAGAGUUCAGGUUCUCCUUUUCGGGAGGAAAACUCAUUCAAUGACCAGAUGCAAAAUGGCUUUUGAAAGCGCCCUUCUUUCCUUUAUGCUUACACUUUUCGACCUUAUCUCCAAUCAAAUGGAGAGGUCACCGGGGCUAGAUCAAAUCAUAGAAGAUGGUCUUCUCAACACUCUUUCCUUGUGCUCUUCUGGCCCAUCGAGUCGAGAGAAGGAUCAGGAGGGACAGACGCUCUCCAAAACUUGUGUGUCGAGCAAGCUGUUUCAUUCUGUUUUUGCGUCUCGAUUCGGGAUUGAAGGCCCCACGGAGACAGAAUUCUUAAGGUACUACGUGCUCGACCCUGGGGUAGUCUUUGUUUUUGCUGCGAACGACUCUGCAGCGAUUUCACUGUCUCUGACUCACGAAGGUACCAUGGGGCUGGCAAUUGGCUCGAAAGCAAGCGGAGCCCAACUAGCUCACUACGACAACGAACAAGAACGACUACGCUAUGAGUGCUCGCUUUACGACAAGAACAUACGACGGGGGCGAGAUGUCCUGAACGGGAAAGCCCCUGGUGAUAUAGCUGGUGAUGCUCACAAACCAGCUAAAAAGUUCCGAAAAAAGAAUACUCCUAUUUACACUUCGAUUCCACCCACUGAUCCAGCUAAGGCCCGCAACCAAAGAGGAGAAACUUGCACCGGUAAUGCUACCACACAGGUUUUGAGGCGAGUUUCGAAAUCUUUGAUGAGUGUAGCAGCUUCACAAGUCCCUUCGGCUUGGAGCUAGAGUCAUUGAUCUGUUUGGCGAGUUUGCCUAUAGAUGUGUAUACAAUAAAAGGCCUGCAAGUUCUGCCUUCGUGUUCUUGACCUACUUGUCUAUUAGUCUUGGCGGGAAGACUCCAAUCAGUGGGAGCGCUCAUCUCGCAUUCUCCGAUGAAGGAUAACGAUUCGCUCGUCAAGCUGAGUGGCUGGGUUACGAGUUUGGGUUUUUAGGCGAGGAAGAAAGGCCAAUACUAGUC